AUGCCGCCUCAAACACUGCACCAAAUUCGCUUAUUUCACUCUGCAAAAACCCCUGCUCGUUACCACCGCCGGAAACUACCAACUUCCCACCUUCCUCUGCCGCCGCGAAAUGCGCCCGCGCGCAACCGCUGCAAUUGCUUCAACGGCAACAGCAACGAUAGCUCCGAUGACGAGCUCGAUUUCUUCUCCGAUUCGAUUUCCGCUAAUUCUUCCUUCGGCAACCCCUCCGAUAACGCCUCUCUUUGCAAAUCCAAAUGGGAUAAAUCUCCCUCUAUUCCAGCUGGUAAUUCUCAAUUCCACUUUCCCCCUUUUUUCCUUUUCAAUACUCCAAUUUCUCCUAAAACGGCGCGGCAGAGCCUGAAGAAGAAAGGGAUGCACAUCGCGCCGUGGCGGAAAGCCGAUUACAUGAAAUCGAAAUGGCUCAGCCCUCACGCCGCCCAAAACCGACACCGUCGAGGAGGCUCGGCCCGAUGA